CGUAGCGAUGGGCUGGGUGCCAUAUAUAAGCCAGUGUCCGGCGAUAUCUGCCCAUUGUUCCUCUACUGAGAGCAGCGGCUUGCUGACGCGCUGAGUGACCGUCUCUGCUCCGUGCACUGCCAGACCAAAAUUCCAAAAUGGGAGACAAGCCGGACUUGGGGGAGAUCGACAAGUUCGACAAAUCCAAGCUGAGAAAGACGGAGACCCAGGAGAAGAACACGCUGCCCACAAAAGAGACAAUCGAUCAAGAGAAAAGCAAUUAACUGACUUGUACCUGA